AUUAAUUUAUGUAUUAUUUAAUUAGAUAUCGAUUUCACAUUAUUUGCAAUAAUGUUUUCCACAUUUUGUGCAAAUUUUAUCAACUAAUAUACCAUAUAUUUAAAUACAUAGUCAAAAAACUGGUUUAGACAGGUCACGCUUGACUGAAUCCGUGCUCGGGCAAAUAUCCGUAGUAUUAACGCUGAUGAUCGUAUGUGCUGAUACGAGUUGCUGUUAGCUAGUUUUAUUGUUAAGAUGUAUGUUACUGAGUUAUAUAAGUAUUAUAUUUCGCAGAUACACACCUUUAUUUAGUUACAUUAAGAACAAGUUUAAUCAUGGCCAACUCAGCAAGCGAGAUAAACCAGGCAUUGGCAGCAUUCGACUUAAUGAACAUCACGUUUUCCUGUGAUUUUGAGAACUGUUGCUCCACAUUUUGUGACCCAGAAGAAUUAAAAAGGCAUAGAUUGGAUCAUUUUACAUCAGAUAUUAAAAAAGAAACAGUACAGAUUUAUUAUGCAGCUAUUAAAAUGUGCAGGUCGGUUGGGAUUGAAAUACCAGAAAUCUAUUCAACACCUUCUUCAAAAUCCUUUAAUACAGUUAAAAGUCUAAUAAUUAAGUUCAAGAGUCAUUAUAAUAUAGAUCAGUUAUAUAGAGAAUAUCCUCAUAUAUGUAUGCAAGCUGGGGAAUCACUAGGGAUGCCUCAGAAUGUGGCUGCAAGGCUUCUUAUUAAGGUGUUGGAUGCCACAGUUUUGCAGUACAAUCAAGCAGCCAAAUUUCAGCCAGCAGAUGCACAAACAAUUACCAUUGAUGAAAGAGAAAAAGAGAUACUAGAAUACAUUGAUGGGUAUUUAAUUAAGAAAGCUAUACAGCAGUAUAGCUUACACCAGCAGGCAAUAAUUCUUGCUUUCUGUGAUAACUAUAUAACUAUAAAAUCUGUUUAAUAUCCUUUAUGUAUUGUUUACU